AUGUGUAUUUAUAUUAUUUAUAUCGUGCUGAAUCCAUUCGUAGAGUCAAAAGCUCUCUGGUUCCCAACCACCGAUUGCCAUGUCACCAUGUCAAAUUAUGCGAAGUGGCUGCUCUCAAACGGCCAGAACCUCCAGUCUCGCAAAGAACCGUCACAAUUUGAUCCGGCCACCUCACCUCUCGGGGCGAGUGUGAUCGAUCCAUUACCUCCAAUACAGCGAAAGGGGCUGAUUGCAGUUUCAACCGUCGCCUCCGUUUCGCUAGUGGCGAUCUGUUCGGUGCUAUUUUUCCUUACUUAUCGCUUCAUUUUCUGGCGCAGAUAUUAUCGAAGAUACAUCGGAUACAACCAAUAUAUCGUCCUUGUAUAUAACCUGGCAAUUGCAGAUUUAAUACAGGGCCUGGGUUUCAUUGUCAGUUUACGGUGGAUUGCCACCAACUCCCUUCAUGCAUCCGACGCCUCGUGUUUCAUGCAAGGCAUUUGGCUGCAGGCAGGAAAUCCGAUGAGUGGGGUGUUUGUGUUUGCCAUUUCCGUCUAUACCUUUUUACAUAUCGUGCUGGACUUCCAGUUGGGCCAUCGGAAAUUCGUGGGUGUGAUCGUCAGUUUAUGGAUAUUCGGCGUGUUGAUGGUCGUCAUUCCCAUCGCGACCGUCGGUCGGUAUGUCUGGUUCCCUUCGGUCGCAUGGUGUUGGAUAACAACUCAACACCCAGCUUUGCGACUGUGGACACACUACUUCUGGAUCUUCGCCGCACAAUUUCUUACGCUACUGCUCCAUGCUAUUAUGUUCAUUUACCUCCAGCGCAGAAUUGCCGAUUGUGUUACGCUAGGAGGCAGCAAUACCGAUAGUCUCUGUCGCUUAAAACGUGUCAACAGCUACAUGGUGCUAUACCCGGUCGUGUAUAUCACGCUGACGUUGCCUCUCGCCGUCGGACGGAUGGCGUCUACAGCCGGUCAUACCUUUAGUGCCACAUACUUCUGCGUCGCGGGCUCGAUGAUGGCCUUGUCUGGUCUGUGCGAUACGAUAUUGUAUGCCUUGAGCCGGAAAAAUUCCAUCCUGUGUCCAGAAAAGAGGCCAAGAAAGAGGCCAAGUGAAGCUAAGAGAUCCACCCAACUACCCUGGCCGGAAGGGAGAAGGUGUAGGAUAAUAAAUGGUUGGUGUCCAACUUUGAGCAAUUGGGGCCGACUCUCUAGUGUUAGUACGACUACCCAUCGCAGUGAGCUCACCAACGAGAGCAUGCCAAAUGGGGAUGUGGAACGUGUGCCAGUGGACCAAACACAUGAAGAGAUAGUGCCUGGAAUAACAUACGAACCGACGCAUUCAACGGGCUUGGAAAGUUCAUCUAAUUAUGAAUGGAAGACCAGUUGGGAAGGCGACGAUAUAUCAACUUUGGAAAGAGGAAUCCCACGAAACGGAGACACAUAG